AUGCGUCUCAACACGGUCCUUGUCUCCUCCUGCCUGCUCGCUCUCGCGGCAGCUUAUCCCUUCCCCGAGUUCUCCACUCCCAAGAACUUCCACAUGUCUCACGGGUCCAACCACCAGCCCGCCAAGAGAGACCCUGCUGCAGAAGUCGUGGUCGGACCGCUGGCGGUGUCCUUGGUUAAAAAUGCCGACGGCGUCGGUCGUGGCAAGGACGUGUACAAGCUGUACUUGGGAGAUGGUUCCACUGCUGCUGGCUGGCCUGCGAUGUCUGAAUGGGUCUCGUUUGACUACAUGUUCAACGCCAGCAAGCCGGUGAUGUUCAGCUCCUGCUCAGCCUUCAGGGACCACUACGGCAACCCAGUCCCAAACAACUCGGCCGAGGAAAUCGGCGCCAUCUACAAUGCCAUCCAGCAGGUCGCCCAAGAGACCAAGGUCGACCACCGCUUCAUCCUUGCUGUCAUGCUGCAGGAGUCUGGCGGCUGUGUGCGCGCGCCUACGACCAACUGGGGUGUCCGCAACCCGGGUCUGAUGCAGGACCACGAUGGCGCUGCCACCUGCAACUCGGACAUACCGCCCUACACGGUACAGAACCCUUGCCCGCAGCAAACCAUCACGGAGAUGAUCCGCGAAGGAGUUGCCGGCACAUCCAGCGGCGCCGGUCUGGCCGGCUGCCUCAACCAAGCUCCCAGCAGGGAAACCGACUCCGCGCAGGCAUACUACCAGGCGGCGCGGAUCUACAACUCAGGCUCGAUCGCUCCGUCGGGCAAUCUGCAAGACGGGAUUGCGACGCACUGCUACGCUUCGGACAUUGCCAACCGGUUGACAGGCUGGGUCCUAGCUCCGCACGCCUGCAACUUGAAUGCGUAG